AAUCAUAAAACUCAGUGAACGGAAAAAAUUGUUUGAAAAAGUUGGUUUGUGUUGUCUGAGUUAUAGUGCAAAGUUCCAUACAACCAGUUCGCACAGUUUUCCCCAUUGAAAAAGUUGAAGCGAUGUGAGCAAAACGGCAUCCGUCCGUUCCGUAUAUGUCUGUGUAUCGGUCUUUAUUUGUUGUGUGAUAUCUCGUGCCGGUGUGUUUAAUUAUAAUUUCGUUUAUUUAUGGCCCCAAAAUUUAAAUUUGCCGAUGGAGAAAAGGUCUUAUGCUUCCACGGUCCACUUUUAUACGAAGCUAAAUGCAUCAAGGCGCAAGUUAAGGAGAAGAUAGUGAAAUAUUAUAUACACUAUAGUGGUUGGAAUAAAAAUUGGGACGAGUGGGUUCCUGAAAGUAGAGUUUUGAAGUUCAAUGAUGCUAAUAUGCAAAAACAGAAAGAAUUAGCUGCAGCACAUGGUACUGGUAAGAAGGCAAAACCAGCAAAGGCCAAUUCAAAAAAAGAUUCAUCUGACAGAGAAAGUUCUGUUCUUCCACCUCAAGAUAAAACUCCGAAACAGAAAACAAAAGAAGCUGCACCUCCACUUCCAACAUCAGUGCCUGAGACCCCAACUGAUCCGCAAAGAAAGAAGCGGAGGACGGUUGAACAAAAUGUGGAAACGGAAGAAGAGUAUUCACAGAAGAUGGAGAUAAAAAUUAAAAUUCCAGAUGAGUUGAAACGUUGGGUAGUUGAUGACUGGGAUCUGGUUACACGGCAGAGCAAACUUUUCAAACUACCUGCACGUGUAACAGUGGAGACUAUUCUGUCAGAGUACAUGAAACACAGAUUCUCAGUGAAAGGGAUGACAGUCAAUAAAAAAUCUGCUAUACUAGAGACGAUAAAUGGUAUUAGGGAAUAUUUUAAUGUGAUGCUAGGCAAACAAUUACUAUUCAAGUGUGAAAGAGCCCAAUACCUUGAGAUAAUGUCACAAAAUCCAGAUUUAACUCCAUCUCACCUGUAUGGAGGUUUUCACUUACUAAGACUAUUUAGUAAGAUUGGAGGAGCUCUUGCAUAUACCCAGUUAGAUGAAGACAGUAUACAGUUACUAACUACAAAUCUUUUUGAGUUUUUAAAAUAUGUAUCUAAAUGUGCGUCUAGGAUAUUAAGUGUCAGCGAUUUUGUUGCAGCACAAGAUUUAAAGAAGAACAGUUAAUGAUUUUCAAUUUUUAGCCUUUAUUUUUUUAUCAAUUAAUAGUUUUCUCAUUCAUUAAUUCACUCAUUUACCACAAGUUAUGUGUCAAUAACUUAUUUACUGUGUCAACAUCUUGUUUGCUUCCAGUAAUUCAAAAUUUAUUGUUCCAGUAAUUCAAUAUUUUUUUACUACUUUAACUAUUCAAAUUAGUAAAAUUAAAACUGUACUUCUUAAAGCAUAUUUAAUGCAUGGGCAUGCCUGAAAGGUUCUGACGCAUUUCAGCAAAUCAUAUAAGUUACCAAAAGUGUUAAGAUUAUAAGAUAUUAUCCUCAGUUUUAUAUUGCGAUAAAUUCUUAUUUAAAACAUGUAUAAAUGCAAAAUUUAAUUAAAAGAUAUCUGCUUGUUUAGUUGGCGUUUAGAUAAUCACUUAAAUGUUAAAGCAAAUGUCAUUUUUGCCACAUGCUAGCAAUAAUUGUAAGCAAUAUGACCAGAGAUUUUUAUAGUUUAAAAGAAAAAAUAACAGUCUUAACUUUAGUCUUUAUUAUUUUGUUUUGCGUGAAUUCCAUUAAUAUGGUGCAGAAAAAUACUGUACAUUGCAAACAAAAUCGCCAUACAAUUAGCUGUCCAUGUAUAAUUUUUUUUUACUGUUUUUGCAAUGAUAAACAUUUUUGUAAAAUUCACACAGGUUUGAAAUUACAUCUUGCCAUGUGCUAGCAAUAAUUGUAAGCAAUAUGACCAGAGUUUUUUGUAGUUUAAAAGAAAAAAUAACAAUCUUAACUUUAGUCUUUAUUAUUUUGUUUUGCGUGAAUUCAAUUAAUAUGAUGCAGAAAAAUACUGUACAUUGCAAACAAAAUCGCCAUACAAUUAGCUGUCUAUGUAUAAUUUUUUUUUACUGUUUUUGCAAUGAUAAACAUUUUUGUAAAAUUCACACUGGUUUGAAAUUACAUGUUAAAUGAAAAAUAAAUAAGCAUGUGUUAUUUUUUA